CUCAUUUGCCUUCUUUCUUUCAUUUAAAGGUGUGGUGACUCCUCAGGUCAUGAGACCCCUCUACCCAGUAUCUGGAACUGCAAGCUCUCGAUCAGAUGAUGGAAGUUCACCACGGAUUACCUUGCAACGACCUUUUGUCUAUUUUGGACGAACAUAUAAUCAAAUUUAUGUCAACCACAAUGGACACUUGACAUUUAACAGUCCACUGGGUACACAUUCACCUCAAAGGUUCCCACUACGUGGAUCCCAAGACAUCAUAGCUCCAUUCUGGACAGAUUUGGACAACAGGCAAAUGGGUCAGGUCUACUACAACCAAUACACCAGUGGAAGUGUUCUUCAACAAGCUACCCAAGACAUUAAUACCUACUUCCCAAGCAUAAACUUUAAUGCCAACUGGGUCUUUGUUGCAACAUGGUAUGAGGUGGCGUACUAUUCAAAUUCAGGAACACGCACAACUGUCCAAGCGGUGUUGAUCUCUGGAGGCCAGUAUUCUUUCAUUUUGAUGAACUAUGGGAUAAUAGCCUCAACACGUUUGAAUAUACAGGCUGGCUAUGACACAAUAAACUCCAAUUACUAUAUCAUCAUCCCUGGAUCAUUCUCUAGCACUGCAUCAGGCAGUAACUCAAAUUUCCGCCUGAGCAGCAACGUCAAUGUACCAGGUCGCUGGGCCUUCCGGACAGACCAUGGAUCAAGAGGCUGCACUUUCAAUGGUCAAGCUGUGCAGCUGGGAGACUCAUUCUGGAGCGACAGUACCUGUGCACGGAUGUGCACCUGCACCUCAGCAGGCCUGCAGUGCCACAACCAACCCUGCUCCUUUUCCCAAAUCUGCAGGCCUAGCAACAUUCAGUUUUCCUGCCAGACAGUGCAGAGGGGCACCUGCACCAUAAGUGGUGAUCCACACUACUACACCUUCGAUAACACAGUGUUUCACUUCCAGGGCACCUGCACUUAUGUUCUCUCUGAACAAUGUGGUCGUGGGCUGCCCUACUAUAGAGUUGAGGGCAAGAAUGAGCAUCGGGGCAGCACUCGAGUUUCUUGGACACGACUGGUCAAAGUGUUUGUCUAUAAUGAAACUAUUGAGCUUGUCAAAGGACGUCGUGGUGAGGCCAAGGUUAAUGGAAACUUUGCAGCCGCUCCAUUCUCCCUCAAUAAUGGCACUGUCCAGGUUUAUGAGUCAGGUUUUUCUGUGAUCGUCAGUACUGACUUUGGUUUGGAGGUAUCCUAUGACGUCAACCAUUAUGUCAGAAUCAGCGUGCCCUACACUUACCAGAAUGAAACAUGUGGCCUGUGUGGAAACUUCAACAAUGAUCGCAGGGAUGACUUUCGAACCCGCCAAGGUGAGGUUGUGAGCUCUGAUGUGGUUUUUGCCAACAGCUGGCAAGCAUCAGGGGACGAUGAGCCUGGUUGUGAGGCACCAUGUGGAGGUCAGGACUGUGCUGUCUGCACUGAGGCUCAGAAUGCUUUAUACAGCAACAAUGCCCAUUGUGGUAUCCUUCAGAGCAGCUCUGGACCCUUUGCUGCUUGCCAUCAACGACUUCCUCCACAGCCCUUUGUGGAGAGUUGUGUGUACGAUCUGUGUGUAGGAGGAGGGUACCAGCCCAUUCUGUGCCAAGCAUUAAAUGUGUAUGCAAGUCAGUGCCAACAGAAUGGCAUACAGCUCCCAAGCUGGAGGAGACAAGGCUUCUGUGAAAUCCCCUGCCCCGCCAACAGCCACUUUGUGUCCAAUGGCACAGGAUGUCCUCCUACCUGUGUCAAUCCCAAUUCUACCCACAACUGCCCUCUUCCUGCCCAGGAGAGCUGUAUCUGUGAUUCGGGCUACAUCCUCAGUGGUGGGGUCUGCGUCCCUCAUGCUGAAUGUGGCUGUAGCUUUGAGGGUCGCUACUACCGCUCUGGAGAGACUGUAAUACUAGACCAGGACUGUGGGAGACGUUGUAGCUGCAGAUUUGGCUCAAUGACUUGCCACUCCCAUGGCUGUGGCCCACUUGAAUUAUGCGGUGUGGAGGAGGGUGAAAGAGGAUGCAGACCUAACAGCUAUGGAACAUGCUGGACAAGGGGCCCAGGGUCAUAUCAUACAUUUGAUGGUCUGUCAUACCGGUAUCCUGGGGCAUGUCGAUUGACCCUUGCCAAAGUAGUGGGAUUGUCUAGUCACCCCCACUUUGUGGUGACAGCAGAGAAAGUGCCCAGUGGCCAGCAGGGCUUUGCCAGGGUGCUGAAAUUUGAGGCAGAGGGCACUCACGUGUCCAUUGAGAUGGCAAGGAGCAGUAGAGUACAAAUUGACGGUCAGAUCAUCAGACUACCGUUCAGCUCAUCCACCAACCGAAUCCGCAUCUAUCACAGCAGCAUUCACAGUAUCAUCCUUCGCACCUCCUUUGGUGUAACUGUACAGACAGUCUGGCCUCACUUUGUGCGAGUCACUACACCUGGAAUCUACAAUGGUUCACUUGGUGGACUCUGUGGUGAUUACAAUAGUCAACCAUGGGAUGACUUCCGCACACCCAAUGGCAUCCUGGUGAACAGCUCUCAGGUCUUUGGGGACAGUUGGCGAGAUGGCUCCCUCGCUGCACAUUGCGUGGAAAGUGUAAAUCAUAAUUCUACAACAAAUUACAAUUCUAGUGAGUACUGUGGCAUUCUUGUCUUAUCACAUGGGCCAUUUACCCAAUGUUGGGCCACGGUGGACCCAUUGCAGCAUGUGGAAGCAUGUAUGGAGAUCAUUAGUGCCUCAAGAGAUCCAGCAUCAGCGCUAUGUGAGGUUCUACGUGAUUAUGCACUAAUAUGUCAGCAGAAGGGCAUUGCCCUAGGACAAUGGAGGAAUGCAACUGGGUGUGAGCAAGCCUGCCCUCCAAACAGCCAUUAUGAACUCUGUGGAUCAACUUGUCCAUCCGCCUGUCCCAGCCUUUCCUUCCCCUUCUCCUGUGACACUCUAUGCCAGGAGGGUUGCCAAUGUGAUGAUGGUUUUGUCCUCAAUGGCAAUCAGUGUGUACCACCAACAGACUGUGGAUGCCAUCACCAAGGACGCUAUCGGCAAGGUGGUGAACAGUUCUGGGAUGGUGAGGAAUGUCAGAACUUGUGUACCUGUAAUGGCACAACUGGAGCAGUCCACUGUAUCCCAAACACUUGUGGUCCCCAGGAGUCCUGCCGUGUGGUAGAGGGUGAGUUUGGCUGCCAUCCCACCCCUCAUGGCAUCUGCUCUGCAUCUGGUGACCCCCACUACCUUACCUUUGAUGGCAAAGCCUAUGACUUCCAGGGAACCUGCCGCUAUGUUCUGGCAACCCUGUGCAACACCACUGAUGGCCUGCAUCAAUUUUCUGUGGAGGCUAAGAAUGAGCCGUGGAAUGGGUUGCCAGUUUCAAUUACAGCUGAAGUUUAUGUGAACGUGUGGGGCUAUCAAGUGCAUAUUUCAAGGGACAGAAAUGGUGUGGUAGAGGUGAAUGGAGUGAUGAGAAAUUUACCUAUUAUCUUGAAUAGAGGUCAAGUGUCUAUCUAUGCAAGUGGACCUCGUCUAUUUGUCAGUGCUGAUUUUGGCUUGAGUGUCACCUAUGAUGGAUAUAGUACAGUGUUUAUCUCUGUACCUUCAAAUUACAGUGGGCAAACGUGUGGACUUUGUGGAAACUUCAACGGAAAUCCAAAUGAUGAGUUCCGCACCCCAUCUGGAAUGAUGGUCACUACUCCAACUCAGUUUGGGACAGCUUGGAAAGUGGCGGGCAACUACACCUGCAGUGAUGGGUGUGGCUCCUCUUGUCCGCAGUGUGCCAAUGAGCUUCCUGCUAGAGCUCAGUGUGAUGUGAUUCAAGCACCUGAUGGCCCCUUAAGCUUCUGCCAUGAGCAGGUGGAUCCAAGACCAUUUUUCACUGACUGUGUGUUUGAUGUGUGUGUGUCGGGAAAUGAGGGCCAAGAUCUUCUGUGCAGGGCCAUUCAGGCAUAUGUCAGUGCCUGUCAGUCUGCUAAUGUUCGAAUCUACCCUUGGAGACAGAACACCACCUGCAGGCUCGACUGUCCAGCCAACAGCCAUUAUGAGCUGUGCGGUACUGAUUGUGGACACACCUGCGCCAGCAGCAUUGAUAGCACCUGUGAGCAGGUUUGCUCUGAGGGAUGCUUCUGUGAUGAAGGCUUUGUCAGGAGUGGGACAAGAUGUAUCCCUGUGGAAAGCUGUGGCUGCCAAUAUGACGGCUUCUACUAUGAAGCUGGUGAAUCGUUCUGGACAGAAGGAUGCUCCCAGCGUUGUGAAUGUCACGCUCCCAAUGACCUGCGCUGUUCUGCUGCAUCUUGCACCCCUGCACAAGAGUGCACCAUCAAAAACGGCCAGCUGGGCUGUUUUGAUACAAUGUCUACUUGCACUGUGUGGGGGGACCCACACUACAUCACCUUUGAUGGGGCACUGGCUCAUUUCCAGGGCACAUGCUCUUACAUCAUCACUGAGAGUGUGAACCACGGCACCAAUGAAACACAGUUUCAGGUAGUAGCCACCAAUAAUCACCGUGGCAACAACCGUGUGUCAUUUGUGUCAGCAGUGGAUAUAUACCUCUCAAAUCCACCAGAGAGUGCAUACGUCAGGAUCGGCCCUAACAAAAGAGUAAAGGUAAAUAACACUGAAGUGUCUCUUCCGACCACUGCAGGAACCUUAGCUCGGGUGUUAAGGCAGGGAAGCUACAUAGUGGUCGAUGCCACAGACCUGAUAGUCCAGUUUGAUGGUCAGAGUACUUUACUGGUCAGAAUCGGCCAACACUGUGAAAACAGAGUCACUGGGAUGUGUGGUAACUUCAACAGCGAUCCUGCAGAUGACAAAGUCUUGCCCAAUGGUACAUUGGCACAAAAUGACAAUGACUUUGGACACAGCUGGAAGGCACCCACAAGUCAACCAGGUUGUGGAUCCACCGAUAAUCAGAACGGUGAUGGACUGAACGACUGUCCCUUCAUGGAAGAAUACUCUGAACUCUGUAGUGUCAUCACCAACUCUAGUGGUCCAUUCAGUGCCUGUCACCUGCACUCAGACCCCCAGCCAUUUUUCAGUUCCUGUGUCUAUGAUCUCUGCCUCUACACCCCAGCCAAUGGCAUGCUGUGUUCUGCUAUCUCAGCCUAUGAAAGGACCUGCUCUGUCUUGGGUUUGAACAUCCCUGAGUGGCGCUCUGCUUUGCUGUGUGCUGAGUCAGACCCCUGUGAACAUCUGGACUGCGCAGAGCAUGAGUGGUGUGGUGAGAAGGACGGUGUGUAUGGCUGCUUCUGUGAUGAGCACCACCAUCGAGCCAACAAUGAGAGCUAUGACUCAUCCAUCACUUGUAUCAGUAGUUCAGGUACCAUGUCCCUGUCCCGCUGCCAGCUGUUUGAAGCUGGUUUCCACUGCAGUGCCCUACACCUCCGAGAGCACUCCUGCAAUGGGAUUGUCCAGGACGGACGACUGGUGUUCCACUUUAACAAUGAUGACCAGCUGUGUGGGACAGUACUGAGGAGCAACGGGACCCAUUUUAUCUAUGAGAACACCAUCCAGGGCGAUGUGGACCCCCAUGAGGGCCUCAUCAGCCGUGAGAAGAGCAUCCACCUGCACUUUACCUGUGAAUACCCUCUGGCCCAGGCCCUGUCUAUGGAUGUGGGCAUCAACCCUGUCGAGAGCAUUGUGAACAAGAGGCUUCCAUCUGGCCAGGGUCGCUAUCAUUUAAGGAUGAUCCCCUAUGAAGACGCUGGCUUCCGUAUCCCCCUAACCAGAAGCAGGAACCUAGAAAUGGAAAUAGACCAGAGAUUGUACAUCGGGGUGCAGACAGAAGGUGUCGAUGGACGACAGAUUUCCACCAUUCUGGACUCAUGCUGGGCAACACCUUUCAAUGAUGCCAGCUACCCUGUCCGCUGGGAUCUCAUUACCACAGAGUGUCCGAACCCAGCAGAUGGUACAGUAGAGCUGGUUCAAAAUGGCAUCUCCACCGUGGCCCGUUUCUCUUUCAGGAUGUUCACCUUCACCAAUUUUUCAUCCAUCUACCUGCACUGCCAGGUCCACCUGUGUCUUUUGACCCACAACAACUGCACAGCUCAUUGCUACCCUGGUUACCACACAAGAGUGGUGAGGGAUACAUCCCAUCAUGACACUGCAGCCAUCUCACUAGGACCUCUACUCCUGAAACCAGAUGAAAGGAUGAAACAGAGCAGUGCUGUGGCUCAUUUGAUCUCCCUGGUGACCCUACUUCUCAGUUUACUGAUAGCCAAAACUCUGACCUAGAGAAAUUAAAGAUUGGCGCACAUACAAUAGUCAGAUAAAUGAAUACAUACUACACCACACUUAUUAGCAGUAACUUAAUCACUGAGCAUUGAUUUAAGAACUGACUGUUGUUUUAUCUGUUGUGAUACAGUUGAGUGAGAUGUCUUUUUUUUACAAACAGGAGCAGUGAUGAUGCAGUCCUGAUAAAGUUGUAAAUGUUACAGAAUAUUUAGAAAUACAUUCCACACAUUUAUGUUCCCUUUCUCUAAGACGUCCGGUCUAAAGUUGUGGUAGUUUUUCUUUACAACAUUAGAGGGCAGCAUAAGAUCAAAUACAUUUAGCUCUGUGAUCAUUCUACUGCUC